AUGCCUAUUGCUAAGCUGACAACCGAUGAAAGGAAGAAACUUGUUGAGCCAUUGAAAAAUAACGAAUGGGAAUUGGUUGAUGGGAGGGACGCCAUCAAAAAGAAAUUCAAGUUCAAUGAUUUCAACGAAGCUUUUGGAUUUAUGACUCGAAUUGCAUUGCAAGCUGAUAAGGUUGACCAUCAUCCGGAAUGGUUUAAUGUAAGUGUUGGGGCAAAGCGAUCACAGACAAAUAGUAGUUUGCGUCUUAAUAGCAUUCUGAAUUUACAGGUUUACAAUAAUGUUGAAAUUACUCUUGCAACACAUGAAUGUCAAGGAUUGUCUGUGAGAGACGUGGAUUUGGCUAACUUCAUUGACAGCAUAUACAAGAGACAAUGA